AUGAAGUAUUUACUGAACUGCCCUUGUUUUUUUUCUGUUUGCCCCAUCCAGGAGCGGCUGAAUCAGUUUGAUAUAAGGUCUCUUUCGGUGUUGGCUUCCUGUAUUCGGGAGAUGGAAAACAGUAGGAAUGUUCAGGCCCUGAGAGAGGCUUUAAGGUUGUUGCUGAAGGAUCGUAUUCCUGAGAUCCAGAAUGUGCUUGUUCUGCAGAGCAUGAUGCGCGCAGUGGGAAAAAACUCUCCGAUACUUCUGAAGAAUGAGCUGGCGACCAAAGCUCUGUCGUUGGCAGAUGGGUUUAGUCCACCCAACACCCAGUACAUGUUCUCCAGCCUGGCUGCCAUGGGCCUGAACUUCAAACCUCUGCUGGAUGUCUGCAGCAAGAAGAUAGCUGAAAACGUGCAUGAAUUUCCCUUCAAUAGACUUCUUUCGGUUCUGAAGUCCUGCCAUGAGCUUCACUACAGGAACUACACCCUCUUCAGCUCCAUCUCGGAAUACAUGGCCAACACAUUUGAUAUGUGGUCCAACAAACAGGUGAUUCUCUUUCUAGUAACAUUUGAGAAUCUUUUGUUCAGACCCGUGGUCUUGUUGGAUGCAUUUGCAGAGAGAAUCAUUCAGAAAUCCGAAAGUCUGACCCUGAAAGACCUUCUUUCUGUUUUAAAAGUCUUUUCGCUCCUCAAUCACGACCUGAAAGAGAAAAAAACACAGUUUCUGGCCAGUGUAACAAUGGUCUUGGAGUCCUACCUUCCAAAGAUGUCUCCCACAGACCUAUUGAAAGCCAUCCACUGUCUGGGAUUGCUGGAGCACUUCCCCCAAACCCCACUGGAGAAACUGCUACAGAAGGACACUUUGGACCAGCUCCUAGAGAAAGGCAAACAGUCGGAUAAGAUUCAGAGGUGGCUGCACACGUUGGAUCUGUGUUUGCGACUUGAUAAACCUCAGCUGCCGCCCUCCCUGACCUCUAUCCCAGACCUGCACAUCUCAGUUCCUGCUCCUGCGGUCACAGCCAACCAGGAAGUGCUCAGUGCAGUCAGGAGCAUUGUGGGAAAUGAUGCUGUUCAGGACAGUGUGCUGGAGCAGAGCAUUUAUUUCAUUGACUGUGUGAUUACACUGCCUCAUCAAACAGAAGAAACAUGUGGCGUCAGUGCAAAGGAUUCUGGGUCACCUCAGUGUGCCCAAAGGAUUGCGGUGGUCUGCGCCCCACAUACUUCAUUUUGCUUCGGUACAACACAUCCUCGAGCCAGCUUGGUUAUCAAACUUCGCCAUCUUGAAAAACUUGGUUAUAAACCUGUUUUGGUUCCUGUCCUUGAGCUCAACUCUAAAACUGAGGAAGAGAAGAUUAAAAUGCUACAAAAGCUCAUUUUUCCAGCACAGGAAAUACCGAACAACAGUCCAGAAACAGAGUGAAAGUCACUGUUCCUAAGAGAGCAAUUCUGUGCUAUUUCAUUUCCCCUCACGCAUGGAGGACAUUUUGAUCUUACUCCGAGAUGGAUGCAUGAUACAUAGUAUUUAUUGAUGUAUAAUAUCAAUAUUGUACAGUUAUGUAUUCUUCCUCGAACACCGAGAGAUUGAAAUCAAUGAAAGAAUAAAUAUGAAGCGAGU